CAUUGAUUAUCGGCGAUCUUCCGCCCGCUUUCCUUCCUUGAGACCUCGCAGAGACCCGCACUCUCGCCGCUUCUUAGCCUCUUCUUCCCGCUUCACCAUCGCAUGUUGCACCAGCGCGACAAUGUUAUCUGCACAUCGUAUUACGAAUUUGUUGUCCGCACGAUUUUUGUACACGUAACACGUGAAAUUGUCGCCGAUCUGGCCAGACUGACGUCUCGCGCUGCCGCCAAUCGCCGAGCGGUGAUUUUCGCACCCUCAAGUUGCCCGUCCGCUCAUCGAUCAUCUGUUCGGGAGGCAGCGAACUUCACUCCGUUACCUCGGAUUGUUUACGAUCGAACGCUGAUUAGACGCUAAAAAUUCGAAAGCUUGCCUUUUCUCUUUCUUUUACAGGAGGAUUCUUCAGCGAGGAUAUUCGCUAAUCUAAAGUCAGUUAAUAUUGCUGUGAUUAAUUGUUAAGUAUUUAAAUAAUUAAGAGAAUGGUUCUCACGAAGGAGUAUCGCAUUUGCAUGCCGCUCACCACGGAAGAGUAUCGCAUUGGUCAGUUAUAUAUGAUUGCUAGACAUAGUCAUGAACAGUCUGAUAACGAUGAAGGAGUAGAAGUAGUAGAAAAUUCUGCCUGCGAAGAUCCUGUCCAUGGAAAGGGUCAGUACACUGAAAAAAGGAUUCAUCUUUCCAGUAAACUCCCUUACUGGAUACAAUCUAUUCUACCUCGAAUAUUUUAUGUGACGGAGAAAGCAUGGAAUUAUUACCCGUUUACUAUAACAGAAUACACUUGUUCCUUUAUACCAAAGUUUCACAUAGCAAUAAAUACUCGAUAUGAAAACAACAAUGGUUCCACAGAGAAUUGCUUAGAAUUGUCACCCAUUGAAUUGAUUCAUCGGGAAGUUGAUUUCGUUGACAUUGCAUAUGAUGAGAUCUCUGCAAAACAUUAUAAAGAAGAAGAAGAUCCAAAGUUUUUUCAAUCAAAACGAACAGGACGUGGUCCUCUGGUUGAAGGUUGGAGAGAUACAACACAACCCAUAAUGUGUUCGUACAAAUUAGUUCACGCGUCGUUCGAAGUCUGGGGCAUGCAGACACGAGUAGAAGAUUUUAUACAUAGAUGUAUAAGGGAUAUCCUGCUGCUGGGUCACAGACAAGCCUUUGCUUGGAUUGACGAGUGGUACGACAUGAAUUUAGAAGACGUGCGGCAGUACGAGCAGAAGAUGCAGACCGAGACAAACGAGAAAGUCAGAUUGAGAAAUGAGCUAAACGAAAAGCCACCUGGUACACCAACUUCGCCUGCGCCAACAUCGCCGACGCCGAAGUCGCCCACGCAACAGAAUCGAUCGUGGUUUUCUUGGUCAAAUCCUCGUAAUAAAUAUUUCAGCUCCUCGUUAGAAGAUGACAACUUUCAGAAUAAUAUAAAAGACAAAGAGGAUCCUACGAGCAAAAUGCUUGUCGUUGAUCGUGCCGAUAGAGACGCAGAGCCUCUGAAUUCAAGAGACGCCUCUUCUUCUUCAAAUGUCAUUCUGCCACAGAAAUUCAUUCCGAAGAUCGAAAAUAUUUUCCAAUCUCGUCGAGGUCCGGUUUCUCGUAUCUUCGAUCAAAGUAGAAAUACGAUCGAGAAAUCUCCGAAUCUUGUUAAUCAACAAUACAGUCUUACAUAUCCUCGAAAAGAAUUUAAUUCCGCAGAUUUCAGUCUGCCGGAAAUUAAAAGUGAUUCUUACGAUCAUCCCUUUGAAGAUGUAAAUAUUUGGAAGCCGAUAAAAAAUGAUGAGUUCUUCGAUAAUUGGGACGACAUAAAAGAUUCAUCACAGUCUUCAAAUCUGGAACAGUUAAAACAAGCUGAAAAUAUUUUUUUAGAAAUGUAUCCUUCGAAAGAACAAAAAAUUAUUACUGAAGAUAAUAAACAAAUCGAGAAGUCUUAUAUGCUUCCUAAGAAUUUAGAUACUCAGCAAUUGAUGGAUAAUAGAGAGACCUUCGAUGAUUGGAAUUACGCUUCAUACAAGGACUCCCAGGAAUCAGCAAAAAAUAAUCGAUUGCAGGAAACUGGAAAAAAUUGGCUGCAAGUGUUUCCAACGAUGAGAAAGAAUAUCAAACAUUUUGAAAACGAAAAAGGCAAGCAUAAAGAAUUCGCGGAGCAGGAAAACAUGAAUCAGGAAUAUUUUGAAGACGAGACUGUACAGGAUACCAUCGAGACUAAACAAAAUAGAUAUAAUCCUUAUGCUCUUCAACAGAAUACAAAUACUUGGGCGACAAUACCAGAUGAAGAACUUUUCGAUAACUUGGAUUUCACGCGCAAAAACUCACAAAAGAUGAAUCAAUUAGAAAUAUAUCCUGAAGAAAAUAAUGAUAAGUACUUUCAGAAUGAGAAAUAUGAUGAUAUGAUCCUUGAAAGUCAAACACAAACUAGUAAUAAUCGCGCACCCAUAAUUAAUGCCUAUAAUGCUCACAUCUUUCCUCAAAAUUUAAAUGAUGCGAAGUAUCCUAUCGAUUCCUCGGAAAUACAGAAAAUACCCGAAGCUAAAAGUAAUAUAUUACGUGCAAAUCCUAUGGAAGAAAUGGAUGACAGGUUCUUUGUGGACGAAGAUAUUACUCAGGACGCGGAUAUCCAAGAUUUGAUUAACACUCAGUUUUUGACGAGACUUGAUCCUGAUCUAUUAGAUGAUGUUGAAGAUCUUCCACUAGAACCAACCGAACCGACAUCAAUAGAAUCCCUUACAGAAUUUUCCAUACCUAAGCAAUAACAAAAAAUUAUUAACAUUAUACAUGAUGUAUCUUAGUGAAUCAUUUUUUAUCUUAAGUCUUUUUAAAUUCUAUAACCUUUUCUUAAUAAAAAUGCGUCUGAAGAAAUCCAUAGUUUUAAGUUUCAAACUAUUUAAAAUAAUUGCUUCAGA